GUAACUGAGAUUCGUUGUUUCGAUUUUUUAGUCACAUUUACCUCUACUAUUGAGACUGAGAGUGUAUUUUACCUCUUUUACUGAGACUAUAAUUGAAGGAUUACAUUAGCUAAAUUGUUGUUUUUAUUAGAAUUUCUUAGAAAUUGAUCUCUGUAUCUGAGAUAUCAUCAAUCUAUGACCUCUCUAACUUGAACUUUGUUGCAGAUCGAUUUCCGUAUUUUUACUAACUCUCAGUCUAUCCAUCCUCAAAUUCCGCAUUUGGUUAAUGAAGAGAGUUAAGAUAUUUAUUAAAGUAAGAUACAAUAUACAUAAAGUAAAGUAAAGAGUAUAUAAAAAAUGCUGCUGCCUUCAGUAGUGAUAUGAAGAGGUAGUAGAAGAGAAGAGUCUUGGGGGACUUUCAGUAAAUGAUUCCUGCACCAUCUUCGCACUUAAAAGCUUUAAUGUGUCGUCUUGUGCCUCUGACUCUUAUUGAGACAGCUCUAAUUACGGAAAUUUGAACUUUAACUUUCAGCCAGAAAAUAAUUUGUGAAUACGCUUUUCCCCAUUUACCAUUUAAUUUUGAUGCUGUUUUUUUAAAGAAACUAUUGUAUUCUGUCCCUACAGCUCCAUCGCAUGAGAUGAAUAGUUGCGUAUAGGAUGCUCGUAGGUCCUCUGUUGCUUUGUCGUAUUUUAGAUAUUUUCCUUGGCUCUGUGCUGUUUUUUGCCAGGUGAGGUUGCUGUAAGAGGAAGCGUCAGCAUUUACUAUGCGAACGUCGAAGAACGCUUUCCUUGCAGGUUCCCACACACUGUCUAGUAAUAAAUCUCCUAUGCGGGCUGGUUGAGUCGCAGUGGCAUCACGCAUUACGGGUUCAGUUGCGCCGGUCCCCCAGGCUAGUUCGGCCCAGUGCUUAAGGUCGUACCUAUCUUUGUUGGUCGUAGCCUUGUUUUAUUAAACCGCCUUUUUUACAGUUAAGUGCGUGGUUUAGGUCAAAGUUAUUUUCCCCGCAUCCAUCGCAGGCCUGAGGGAGACAUGCAGGUUCGUGCGCAUAGCGAAUAGCUAGGGCAUCUUUAAAUUGAGUGGCUAUGAGGUGGGUGUUGUUUGCGGUAGAAGGGAUAAUUGAUAGCCAUUGUGACGAGUUUGUUUCAUCGACCCUUUGGAUACAUCUUUUUAUUUUGGUUGGUAGUUUGGAUAUAAUAUCUUUGCAUGUUGCGGUUUCUCUCAUUCGCCUGGUUAGCUUUGCCCCUUUCAUUAUGUCCGUAGCAUGAGUAUAGUGAGAUUAGUGAGCUAGCAAGUCUAAGUUUUCAGCAUUUUUUAUGUUUCAUCCACGCAACCAAGCUCGUCCGGGAGGUUUAUUCAAACUUACAUUUUACAUCAAACUGAUACUAAAUGAUGUCAUUUUGUAAUCAAUAUCAUUCACCCGUGCGCUUUGUACUCACCAAUAUGAGCAACAUGUACGAACAAUUAUGAGCGAAAUGCACGCGUGAAUGAUAACUCUCGUAAAUGACAUCAUUUAGAUAUGGUACACGGCACUUAGUCAGUUUGCAAAGAAAAAAAACAAGUAGACGAGUCGCCUGAUUAUUACCGUCCUCCAUGGACACCCGCAACACCAGAGGGGUUGUAAGUGCGUUGCUUGACUUUAAGGUGGGAUAAUCUUUUUUCUUGAAAUUUUGAAGGUCCUAUUGGUCCGUUAAUACCGCAGGCGACAGACUGGUUAUUUCGUAUUUUUUGCAUAUAAACUGACGAAGUAUCAUGGUCUUACAUAAAAAAAUUAAUCGACGUUCGGAUAAUGAAUUUUGAGGUUCCCUUUUAACUGUAGUGAGGACUAUGAUAAUAUUGAUAAUGAUGAUGUAGGUAAAUGAAACGUGAAAUAAAUAUUAUAAAAUGUUUGGAGUUUAUAGAAAGCAUAAUUAUAGCAAUUAUUUUUCUGGGUUGGUUAUUACGAACGUUAUCUAACAGGUAUUAUCAUAAAUUCAUUAUUGUCGCACAUGGCUUUAGCUGUUAGUAUCAUUAGCGCACUCACAAUAGACAGUCAUGCUUUACAAAAUAGUGAUUUAUUAUUUUAUUUAUAUAAUUUAUACUAUUAUGGCCAUUGAAAAUAUUCAUGUUGCCGAAAUACCACAAGAAUUAGUGGAGCAUUGUAUUGUAGAUAUUAUUGCAUCAAAAUCUCAGUUUAACUCAGAGAUAGCUAUCAUUAACAAUGAAAUUGUCAGCACUAAGUUGAUUCGGAGGAUUCAUGAAACCAACAAUGUCAAGCUUUACGUAAAGGAUGGUUCCGUGCAUGUCGCUACAUCGCCCAAUAGUUUUAUAAUAUAUGGCCAGAACCUAUCGUAUUUUCAAAAUUUGAUUGACUUUAUGAACAAUGAUUAUUACCGCAAACCAGAUGCUCUUUACGUCAUAAUAAUGCCUAAUGUAACUAAAGAUGAUUUUAUACUAAUAUUUCAUACAUUAUGGAAGUAUCAUAUUAUACAUACGCUUGUCAUUGUCAGAGAGACAAAUAAUUAUGCAUCAAUAUAUUCUUAUUUUCCAUAUGCAGAAGGCGGCUGUGGUCGGAAUUAUAAUAAUAUAAUAAAAAUAAGUGAUUGCAAUAGUGUUAAGAAAUCUGACCUAAUGAACUCCAUACGUGAACAUGAUAUUCCUGUUCUUAAGAAUUGUGUUUUACAAGUAGGAACUCAUAAUUAUCCACCGAUAGUUAUAUCGGAUAUAGAUCCGAAAAAUAAAUUAGCUGUUGGAAUCGAAAUAGCUUUGUUAAACAUUUUAGCAAAGAUGGAAAAUAUUUCUUUAAAUUAUAUAUUUUUUCCCGAAUCUUUAGAAUUUGGCCACGUAUCUGAUAAUUUUACUGUCAAUGGAAUACUAGGGAAAUUAUAUGAAAAUGAAGUGGAUUUAGUGAUUGGGGCCUUUGCGUUGAACAGUCGACGAGCGCUAUUCUUUGACUCUAUAUGGACUCACUUUGCGUUUGAAGAUAGUUUCGUUACAGUGACUCCUAGCGCCGGUCUCUUAGAACGAUGGAAAAUCAUUUACAUAGUGUUUAAACCACUAGUAUGGCUAUCAUUACUGUUCAUAUUCUUACUUUGUUCAUUUCUUCUUUCAAAUAAUAACACUGUACUAAAUAAUGAUAGAUCUUCUGAAGUUCUUAAUCUUUUUGGUAAUUGGACACAAAAUAUUACAUUGAGUCUCAAAGGACCCAAAUUUAAAAACUUGAUUAUUGUUCAUUGGAUAUGGUUUGGAUUUUUAGUUAAUUGUUUUUAUCAAAGCAAGCUAACAAGUUUUACUACAUAUCGGAUCAGCAAGCCACAAUUGAAUAAAUAUAUGUCAUUAAAUGAUUACAACUUUACACCGUGUUUCGCGCUAGAUAUAGCUCCGUUUAUGAAAUACUCUGGUCAAGUUCCUAUUAUACAUGAAGAAUAUCUAGAAACACUGGGUUGCGAAACUGCCGAUUUAUCCAUGGAUACGGUGGCAAAAACGCAAAAGAAGUACACAGUUACAAACUACUAUCGAUACCUUUGGUGGAUAAAUAAAAAUCCAGCAAAAAAGGCACAAAUCCAUCUCAUGAAAGAAAAACUGUACAACGCUCUAUAUGUCAUAUUUCUUAAACGCGGUUUCCCACUUUUAAAAGAUUUUCAGCUUAAAAUGUUGCGCUUAGUUGAUAAUGGUUUUGUGGGUGUCGUUAAAAAAAAUCAUAUGAUACAUGACGAUGUAAAUUCGAAUAUUGGUGGUUCAUUUGAAAUUAGUAGUUUGAAGUUAAUAGAUUUUAUUGUACCGUUUAGUAUUUUAAGCACAGGUUUGGUAAUUUCAUUUAUAAUAUUAUUAAUUGAAUUAAUGCACGCUGAUAAAUAAAUAUUUGUACUUGAAUAGGAGUAAGAACUUUGAAUUAAUCUUUCUGCAUUUGGUAAUAUUGUGUGUUUAAUAUAUCAAAUUUGUUAGUGAAAGGAAAAAAUAAA